AUGGAGCUUCCUGAGCCCUCUGAGACACAACCCCUCCCAUGGUAGGCACAGCAGGCAGUGGAAGCUACUACCUCUUAGGACAGAUUCUAUCCUUUUCUACUGAUGUGGCCACUAGGAACCUCCCCUUACAGGUGUCAAGAGAACCACCCCUGGGAAAACAGUAGUAAUUGAAGAAAAUGUCUAUGGGCAGUUGGACCUCCCUGGCUUGGCUACUCCAGGACUGGCUGCACUUAGAGACAGGUAUAGGUUCCUCCAAAUGGCCUCCCUGAAAGGGACAGGCAUAAGCUGAGACAAACUGACAACAACUGACUUAGUGAGUGGGCUGGUGGAGUCCAAUAUUUUCCUGUAGAAACUAAUAAACAAUAACAAGGAAGUGGUCAUGUGCCCCUUCCUGGACUCCCCAGCAUUGGUACUUAAGGGGCUGCCCCAGCAGGAGGAGCAUCACAUCUUCCUCUCCUCUCUUGAGUCUCUCGCCUCACUGCACCUGAGUCCUCUCUACUGACAACAUGGGUUGCUGUGGCUGUGGAGGUUGUGGUGGCUGUGGCUGUGGCAGCUGUGGCUGUGGCAGCUGUGGCUGUGGCAGCUGUGGCUGUGGCGGUUGUGGUGGCUGUGGCAGCUGUGGCUGUGGCAGCUGUGGCUGUGGCAGCUGCGGCUGCGGUGGCUGUGGUUGCUGCGGUGGCUGUGGCAGCUGUUGUGGCUGUGGCGGCUGUGGCUGUUGUGGUUGCUGUGGCUGCUGCAAACCUGUGGUCGUCUGCUGCUGCCGUCGCACCUGCUGCCGUUCCUGUGGCUGUGGCUGUGGGAAGGGUUGUUGCCAGCAGAAGUGCUGCCAGCAGAAGUGUGGCUGCAAGAAGUGCUGCUGCUAAGACAGCCAGCUGUUCUGCUCCUACCUAGAAGAUGUGGGAGGCCACACUGCGUCCUGCUGGUAAGAAUUUACUCCAUUCUUUACCCCUCU